GGGCGACCGCGCGUCGUAUCGCCGAGAACUCCGCAUUCGAAUUUCGAAAAAAACCGUUUAAAAUUUUUAUGUUAGUGAUGUGUACGUGUUGGUGACUUGUCUGUGGAUUUUGAAUAUGGCGUUUUGUGUUGUGUUGGUUUAAAGGAUCGCUGGUACCUUCCAUGGAGUACCGCUUUGGCCGCUUUCAGCAGGACAACCUUUACAGCUCAACCGAAAUAGCAGCCCGCCGAUGUAAACACAAAGUCGAAAUGAGAUGAGUAUGCGUGUGGCGUGGGCCAGGUGGUACUGGAUCGUUAUAUUCACGACGUGCGCCGCGAGGACCGCCAGCGACUGGCUCGACUGCGCCCACAUAUCCACAUGCAAGUGCAAAUGGUCCUCCGGCAAGAAGACAGCUACGUGUGCCUCUGGUGACCUACGCCGCCCACCAGCUCUGUCAUCCGACAUACAAGUCCUGGACCUCCAUGAUAAUCCGCUCCGAAACCUGCCACAAGAAGUAUUCGCAACCAUUGGCCUCUUAAACUUACAACGACUAAAUCUCCGAGCGACAAGCCUCAGGUCAAUACAUCCUGACGCAUUCUUAGAAUUAAAAAUUUUAGUAGAGGUCGACUUAGGAGACAACGAUUUAUCCCACCUUCCAAGGGACAUAUUCAGAGGCAACGAAAGAUUAAGACAAGUUGUACUUAGCAGCAACCCUUUGACCACCCUUAUAGCGGAUCAGUUCCCACCUUUACCGCAUUUGCGAAUACUUUUGUUAGACGGAUGCAGAUUAAGGUCGAUACAUACAAAUGCUUUGAGGAAUUUAAAGUCUUUAGAAAACAUCGAUUUGCGUAGAAAUCAGCUUACGUUCCUUCGUUUGAUCACAUUUUCUCUACCUGCAUUGAAGACGGUAUCUUUGUCCGGUAAUCCUUGGAAAUGUGACUGUAGGCUUAGAGAAUUUAAGGACUGGUUUCUAGAGAGUAAAUUGGGUACUGAAGAUUUGCUUUGCGUGGAACCUUCGACGCAAGCUGGAAACAAGUGGCGUCACGUCGCUAGUGAGAGUAUGUCGUGUCCGCCUGAAAUUAAAUCAAGUACACUUGUCGUUAGAGCUGAAAUAGGAUUGCCUACGACAUUCGGUUGUUGGGUCCACGGAGUGCCAAAACCAAAAGUAACGUGGUUAUUUGACGGUGUUGACGUUCACAAUAGCACGGUAGAAUGUGACAUGGAAGAAACCGAAACAAGUGUCGAAGAUGACACAGAGGAUAGAGUGCCAGGAAGUGUUCGAUGGGUCAAUGUGACCCUUUUAAAUGUGACAUCAAGUGCGGCCGGAGAGUGGACGUGCGUAGCGAAAAGUAUGGCGGGUGAGGCGAGGGCUAUAAUAAGUCUCGUUUUACCAAGGUCUCAAACGGCAACGGCUCGCACCGCACCUGGGAUUCCACAUUUAUUAGGUGUUGUAUUUGGCGCGCUGGGUAUACUAGCGACUCUGGGCUUCAUUGCAGCAGUAGCUUGUUGGCAUCUCAGACGACGAACGGUUCCACCGAGCAGAAGUUUCACUGAUCAAGAAAAACGACUGAUAGAUGCAUCUGUUGUCGUAAGUUGUGAUCGAUCUAUUGGCGACAUGGCUUCACCGUGCGAUUUUGAAAUGACAGAACGAAUGUCAGAUGAGCCUCCUAGAGGAUGCGGUUUUGAUCCUGUUCAUAUAACUAUAGAAGGGACACCGGGUGCAUUUCCACCACCACCUGCAGAAUUUGCGGUUCCAGUUCCGUAUGGUAAUAUUUUCAUAUCUGUUCAAGUAGCUGGUCGAGGAGAGCCUGCGAAAUACCCAGACUUGUUGAGUGGUGGCGCAACAUUACCUCGGCGAAACAGAACUUGUUGUGCAGCUCCAGCAUAUGACAACAUGGGUCCUAGAGUUACAGCUACAGGCAGUUCAACGUGGUCCUUGCCAGGAGCUAGCUCGGAGAACGUAGAGGUAUCAGAAACACCAGUACUAACCCUACCACCGCCUCCACCGGAGUUUGUCUCCCUUUAGCCCAGGCCUCUGGUACUAGACGCCUCCACGCUGAGGUGACCUGGUACCCAGAAAUAUGCAGUCAAUUAGACUAUUCCCAAAUUGUACUUUAUGAUAAUUUCAAAGUGAUUAUUAAUUUAAAUUGUAAAUAGUAGCGCUAAGACAUGGACGAUGUGUGACAUCUGUGAGGUAAAUACGUAAGAUUGUUAUCAAUAUUAAUAUUGUAAUAUUGCAUUUAAAGUGAACUUGUUGUUACGUUGGGUAAUGAAGUGAGAGCGAUUAGUCUUCUUAAUUUGACCCCUAGAUAUUCUUUUUAUUUACAUUUCGAGUAAGCGUCUUCCUAUGCGUUGGAAUAUAUGGACAGAUUUUUAUUCAGCCAUAUUUGACUGAGAAUGGUGUUUCAUUUUGUAAGUAACGCCGAUCAAACAUAUUUGUUAAACUGUUUAAAUAACACGAAAUCGUAUUAAAAAUACACGUAUUUAAAGAAUAACGUCGUCAGAAAAAUGGGUGUUUACUAUGUUGAAACAAAAUCGAUUUCAUCAUUUUCAGGUUGAUUGUAUUAAAAAUUUCAACUCAACAAUGUCCACGAACAUAAAUGAAUGAGAAUUAACUUGCGUUUCUGUCCGUAUAUUCCAGCUAAACUUUUGUAAAUAAUGUAUUGUUUAUUAUACAAACUUCCCAAACAUAAGACUGACCCUUUUCUCUUGUUUUUCACCUCUUUGUAACUCUUAACGUUAAUGCUGUACCACCUAGUCGGCCAGAAUAGCUUCUAAAUAUCUUUUCUUUGAAAGCAAAAAUAUCUAAUGUAAAGGAAAAUAAACCGAUCAAGUGAAA